UUAGAAUUGAUAGCACAAAUCAAUCUUGUUUACAUGUUUCUUGAUCUAGUUAUUUCUGCUAUUGUUCAAAAUAUUUCUUACAUUUAUUUCAUCUAGUAAAAUAUUUUAGAAGUGAUGUACAUACGUAGUUGCAAAAAUACUUAAGACAAAAAGAUAAUCCUGGUUAAACGGCACCGAGUGUGAAGAAACAGCAAAUGAAGUUUGUUGAAUUUUUUUACAGAAAAUGAUAACGUAUUUACGGCAAACACGAUAUUUGUGUACGAAACCGUUUUUCGAGACGGACGCCCUCAUAUACUCCUGCAAAGCCCGUGAUAAAGUACCACUGAACCUUCCAUCGAACGCAAUCACCUCCUUCUAUACCUGCGGUCCAACGGUGUACGAUUCGGCUCACAUCGGUCAUGCCAGCUGUUACGUUCGACUCGACAUUAUACAGCGCAUCUUGAGAAACCACUUCCGGCUGAAUUUGGUAACUGCAAUGAAUAUCACCGACAUCGACGAUAAAAUAAUCAAACGAGCCGAGCUACAGGGAAAGGCUUGGCAUAACAUUUCCAAACAUUUCGAGCUGGAGUUUUGGGGUGAUCUCCAGCGGUUAAACGUUAAACUACCGGAUAUAAAACUGCGGGUAACCGAUCACAUUCCCUCAAUUGUAAGCUUUAUUGAGAAAUUAGUGAUAAGCAGUUUUGCCUACUCUUCAAUCGACGGCUCGAUUUACUUUGACUCCUGCAAAUAUCCUCAGUAUGGAAAGCUGCAAAACGUUCCUACUGAAGCAGCUCCCGGCGAGGGCAAGAAAAACGCCGCCGAUUUUGCCCUUUGGAAAGCAGCCAAACCCGGGGAACCGUCAUGGGAUUCGCCCUUCGGAAAGGGUCGCCCAGGUUGGCAUAUCGAGUGUUCAACGCUAGCAUCUCACAUUUUCGGGGAACGACUCGAUUUUCACGCCGGUGGCAUGGAUCUGCGGUUUCCCCAUCAUGAGAACGAAGAAGCUCAAAGCUGUUGCUAUCAUCGGGUCGAUGACUGGGUCAGCUACUGGAUUCACACCGGCCAGCUACACGUGGAAGGGCAGCAGCACAAAAUGUCAAAAUCGCUGAAGAAUACCAUCAGCGUGUCGGAUUUACUGCAACGAUUCUCGACUGAUGAAUUCCGAAUGCUUUGUUUGCUUUCCCACUAUCGGAAUUCGAUUGAUUUCGGUAACGAAACGAUGACGGUUGCGACGAGUGUUUUGAAAAAGUUCCACUCGUUCCUGGACGAUACGAAGGCUUAUGUCACCGGAGUGAGACCAGCAUGCGACGUAGAUGCGAGCUCCCUCCAUUGCAAGCUAGAUGAAGCAGUUGUCAAGAUUGAUGGUUUUCUGAAAAAUGACUUCAACACAGCCGGCGUUAUCACCACGCUGGGGGAGCUCUCAUCCGAGGUUCAUAAAUCGAUAAACCAAAAGCAGACAAAGUUAACUGUAGCAUCGGAAAGCGGCUCAAUUCAGGCCGUUUCGAACUACAUCCGGCAGCAGCUACUAAUGUUCGGUUUAGUUUCGAUGGAUGACGAUCAUCGGUCCGAUUCGAACGAAUCCAAUGGUUCAACGGAACGGAUUAUAGAAAGUGUUGUACAAAUUAGGAAUUCCAUCCGCUCUCAAGCGAUGAGCAACAAAGAUCCGAGGAUGUUUGCCAUAUGUGAUCAAAUACGGGAUCAGCUUAAGGAGAUGAAUGUGGAAAUAAAGGAUCAUGGCAAAAUUUCUUCUUGGAGCUUCACGAAGCGAUGAAAAAGUGAAUAAUAAACACAUUUUGAAAA